CCCAAAAGGAACCUAACGCGAUUAUCGUACGUUAAGGCGUAUGGUCACAUUACAAUUAGCUUUAAAAAAUAUUGCACAAAAAUCUGUGAAGUUUUACUGUUAAAUUGUUUGUGUAUAAAGGUCAGGGAGUUUAAAGAAUAAGUACGAUCAUGGCGUGGGUUCCCAAUUCACGUUUCGAGGACGACCUGGUGGACAUGGAUCCGGACUUUAAUCACAUUCACGGCCAGCUGGCCUACGAGGCUAAGAAGAAGCAAGAGUUCAGCCCGCGUCCAGAGAGCACCUACGAAUAUCUGAGGAACCGGGAAAAGCGGAAUUCCGAGCUAGAAAAACUGCACGGUAAUUCAGGCGGAAAGGGCCGGGAAAUUCGCGAUUGCCUGCAAAUGAUGGAAAAAAUCCAGAAAAUAGCGGGCACAAGGCCGCUGGGCGAGCACGCCACCAUGGCCGACUGGGACGACAACAGCACUGCGGAACUGGAGGCCGUCGCCAUGAUGCGACACUUUGGCAUGAUGUCCAUGGCGGAGGAUUCGCUGCCCGUUCUUCCCGAAAUCAGUCGUCCACAAGGACCCAUCCAUAUCAUAAGGAACGGUCGCCAUUCCUUUCCCCUCAUCACAGACCCCGAAUUUUUCAGGCCACGCAAGACGCCACGGCCGAAAAAUCCAAGACGCGACGAUUCCAUGAAUGAUUCCUUUCACACAGCCGAAAGUGCCGGCAGCUCCAUUAGUAUGUACGGCUCUGCCAAUUCUCAUUUGAGCAGUAGCUCGGAAAGGGAAAAGAUUAAGGAGACGAGCCAUGGAAAGAAAUACCUGGAAAUACCCUAUCAACCGCUGGAGGAGAGUUUCGACCAGGCCGAGGAAACCUUGCCAAAGGAGGCGAUCCCAGCGGUCGUGAAAAAAACCAAGGGGAAAAGAAGGAACUGUCGGCCCGGUCAAAAAGAGAGACGGUUCAGGCAAAACGAUGCUGUGAACCUUAAAUAAUACCAAAUAGCGCAAAAAAAAAAUAGUUCCUUUUAAUUCCCAAUACUUUUUUUAUUGAAAAACCUAAGAGUCUCUUUAUAUAAAAUAUAUAUAGCAUUUGCAUCUUGAUAUUUUAUAUUGAUAUUUUUCUCUCGUAGGUCUUUUGAAUAAGUACUCGCUUUAAAUUAUAUGAAUCAGAAAAGAAUUUAUAUCAGUAUUUAAAAAGCAGUUCCUACUAGUAUACAUAUGAUAUUGGGCGUCGCCAAAUGUUUUAUGAUAAUUUAAAAUCUCAUUAGCUUUCAAGAUACUUUCCAUUUUCUUAUAUCCUAAGCUAAAUUACAUUUUUAUUCAAAUACACGAAAAAACGAUGCAUUAAAAAAAUUAUUACAUUAUUUGUAGAAGCGUUUCAGAGUCGAGUAAACUUAGCCAUGUCCUUCUUAAUCGUUUUCUAAAAGAAUUUUAGUAUAUAAGCUAAAGAAUUUAUACAAAAACUCUGCAUUAGUUAGAAUAUAGAAAAGUAUGAAUUCAUAAAAA